GUCAAAUAUGUUAAGCAAAAAAAUAAAAUUUGUUUGAUUAUUCUUGGGUAUGCUGGUUUAUCCACCAACUGUAAAGAUUUGGAAAGAUUUUUACGUAACAACAAGAACAUUUCCAAAAUCAUAGUUGAUCAUUUGCCUUUUAACAAUACAAUUAAUGUCUAUGAUUGUUGCAACCUAUUACGAGAUCCGAAAAGACUGGAGGUUUUCAAUUGUCGAAGUAGGACGUACCAAAGAUCGAAGUGA